UCUCUACUCAAGAAUUUCUGGAGGCUCUCUCUAUCUUCCUCUCUGUUCAGUACUGUGUGUUUCUUGAAAUGAAGAUCCAGUGUGACGCCUGCCAUAACCACGAAGCAUCUUUCUACUGCGUGGCCGACGAGGCUGCUCUUUGUUCGGCCUGUGAUCACAGAGUCCACCAUGCCAACAAGCUUGCUAACAAGCACCAAAGGUUCUCUCUCCUCCAGCCUUCUGCAAAACAAGGUCCUCUCUGUGAUAUAUGCCAGGAGAGAAAUGGUUUCUUCUUCUGUCAGCAAGACAGGGCAAUCCUGUGCAGAGAGUGUGAUGUGCCUAUACACAAAGCAAAUGAACAUACCCAGAAACACAAUAGGUUUCUUCUAACUGGUGUCAAGCUCUCUGCAACAUCUGCUGUCUAUUCUUCUUCAUCUUCAUCUUCAUCUUCUUCUUCUUCUUCUUCAUCAUCACCCACAGUAGCAUUCUCAGCAAAUUCCCCUUCAAGUUUGAAGUCUCAGAACUCAAGAAUCCAGCCUGCAGUUAUUCCUCCCCCUGCUGUUGUUUCUCCAGCCAUUCAUAACCCACUUUCUAAGCCAACAAAUAAACCACCAAUUUCCAGCAAUGUGCAAGGAGUAACAGCUGCUAUAAAGGGGACUGGGAAUGGGCAAUUGAUGAAUGGAGGGGGGAAUGGUUCCACUACCAGUAGCAUAUUAGAGUACUUGGAGAUGCUGCCAUGGUACCAUGUUGAAGAACUUCUUGAUUCCUCUCAUGGUUUAUGUAAGAUUGGUCUCAGUGAUGCAUUUCCUCAAACACUUCAUCUGCAAGCUAAUCAGAACCCAGAUUUCUCUGCUAGAACUAUUGCCUUUGGUGAUCAAAUUGGCUUUGAGGACUCCAUCAAAGAAAUUGCAAGCACCAAAGCCAGCAGAACGUGGAGAAAUGAUAAUAAUAAUAAUUCUUUUGCAGUUCCACAACCACAGAUCAACCAACCUCCAACUACCUUCAAGAGAUUAAGAACUUCAUACUAG